AGCUUUGAAGGUGUUCCUUUCUCGAACAGUUCAGCGCAUUCCAUAUAUGACAGGUGGGCGAGUGAUGAAGAUGCUGGCUGUGAUCUUUUUGGUUGUGGUGUGGUUUCUGACAGGCUGGACUUCAGCAGUGUGUGAAAACUUGGAGCGAAAUAUUUCACUCAUCGGCCAAGGGCAAACAUCAGAUCAUCUGAUCUUCAAUAUGUGCCUGAUCGACCGGUGGGAUUACAUGAUGGCUAUUGCUGAAUUUUUAUUCCUCUUGUGGAGCGUUUAUCUCUGCUAUGCAGUGCGGACAGUACCCUCGGCGUUUCACGAGCCACGUUAUAUGGCUGUUGCAGUUCACAUUGAGCUCCUUAUCUCUGCUAUAUUCCAUAUAAUUAGGUUCAGUCUUGCUUCAAGACUCCAGUCUGACUGGAUGCUGAUGCUAUACUUUGCACACACACACUUGACUGUGACAGUCACCAUUGGGUUACUUCUGAUCCCAAAGUUUUCCCAUUCAAGCAAUAAUCCACGAGAUGAUAUAGCCACUGAAGUCUAUGAAGAUGAGCUCGACAUGGGAAGAUCUGGAUCUUAUCUGAACAGUAGUAUCAAUUCAGCAUGGAGUGAGCAUAGUUUGGAUCCAGAAGAUAUUAGGGAUGAAUUGAAGAAAUUAUAUGCCCAACUAGAGAUCUAUAAAAGGAAAAAAAUGAUCACCAACAAUCCACACCUCCAGAAAAAGAGAUGCUCAAAAAAAGGGUUGGGUCGCUCAAUCAUGAGACGAAUUACUGAAAUUCCUGAGACCGUCACUAGGCAGUGUUCACGGGAGGAAAAAGAUCUUCUGGAACAUGGGAGUUCCAAAAGUAUUGCCAUGGCAAGGAAAAACCCACCAGAUUCCAGUGGACACAUCAAACCAAAGGAGGAAUCUUUGAGAAACAGAGUUUUCUCCUUAAAAAAGUCCCACAGCACAUAUGACCAUGUCCGAGACCCAACUGAAGAGUCAAAAAGCUUAACCGCAGAAAGUGGGGAAGUUAGUUCAACUACAGAGAAAUCAUUAUUGGAUUCUCUUUCUGAAAAAAAAGCAAUCCCCAAACCUGCAGAAAAGACCGAAGCUGUAUCCACUGAAAAUGUCCCUUUGGUAUGCAAAUCUAUGAGUGCUCACAAUUUAAGUGCAGAUAAGAAACCUCUCCACCCAAGAACAUCUGUGUUACAGAAAUCACUUAGUGUUAUUGCCAGUGCCAAAGAGAAAACUCUGGGGUUAGCAGGGAAAAUGCAAAAUGAAGAAAGUGUCAAAUCUCACAAGCCUCAACCAAAGAGCAAAGAGGUCAGCAAAAAGCACUCCAGCUCUGAAAAGACUGACCAUAAAGAUUCCUAUCGGAAAAACUCAAUCCAUGCUGAAGAGUCAAAGAAGCCUCAUAAAUCUGGGAUAAUGAAACAACAAAGGUCCAGUCCUGAUGCAGGAGGUGGUAAAUCCCUGACGAAGACAAGUAUUGAUAUAGGAGAAGUUUGUCCUUGGGAAAUCUAUGACCAGAGCCCGGGAGCUGGGCUUUCUGAUUCUAAAAUUCAAAAGCAUGUCUCCAUUGCUUCCUCUGACUCAGAGACACUCCAUCCUUCCCAAACAAAGGGCAAAUCUCAUCCUAAGACUGCUGAAGGGCAACAGCUGCCCCAUCAAAAGAGCACAGACAAAGGUGAAGUGUGUCCUUGGGAGAUUCAAGAAGAACAAGGGGUGGAAGAAAAAAACAAUUGGAGUCCCAUAGCUCUGCAAGAGUUUGCUGGGACAAAAGGUGAAAAUGUUAAUAAUAAACAUUAUACAGAGAGCCUUUGUGCUGGAGAUCCCAAGGACUUGCCCCCCAAAGCAACCAUACAAACCACAGAGAAAGAUUUUACCAAUAAACUGGGAAUUCAGACAAAACAUGCAUCUUCCUCUCCACCGGGGAAUGCAUUUCCUUCCAAUCCUGCUAGGUCAGCAACUAAUAACUCACAGAAACCUUUAACGUCUCGUGUGGAAAUCUGCCCUUGGGAGUAUGAGGUGCCAGAAUUACCAAAAGCAGAAAGAAAUAUAGCUUUAUCGAACGCAAGCAAUUUAAGCUCAAAUAAAACAGAGGCACAUCAGAAAUAA